GUACUUACUCAUUAGCCGUCGCAACCGCAUUGCAUCUUCGUCUUCCUCUUAUAGCCGUCUUCGUCUCAUCCUUGUCCUAGAGAUACAUUCAGCAUCCUCAAUUGGCUGUUCCAUUCACUGUAUUCGUAACGGCAAACAUCGUUCCCAUCACAUUUCUGCUGUUCUCGGUUGCCACUCAUGCCUCCUAUUGUCAGCACUGACCGUUGGCAGCAGAAACUGCUAGGGGACUGGUUUGUGCGCCUCUCUCCAGUCGACAGCUCCCCAGACAUCCUUGUCAAGGACUUCUCCGUUACUCGGCUUGCCGCCAGCGAUGAUAUCCCUAGGAAAGACGGCAAGGCUGUAAACAAGCCUGUGGGUCUGGUGCUCGGCGGCGUGAUCUUGGGACGAAAGAGUAGUCAAGUGAAGGAGAGGAUUGGCUCAGGCGGCAUUGCCUCUCCCAUCCUCUCCCGCUCUCAUGCCCACAUCACCAUCAGUCCAUCGGGCCAUGUCUACAUUACGGACUUGCGAUCGCUUCAUGGCACCUCGAUCGUCUCAGCCAAAGAGCCGUCCUCCUCAGUUGUUCUGAAGCCAUUCUCUCCUGUUCAGCUCUGCGAACAAGACACCAUUGUCCUCGGAAAGAAAGUGAACGCGUCCAACAAAUCGUACGCCCCAGUGAAAUUCGCUGUCUCCUUCCGAUACCCUGAACUCGGGCAGGGCAGCCUUGACGGCGAGCGCGAGUACUUGGGUGAACUUUCUCAGGAAGACGUUGCGAGCAAAUUCCUUUCUACGAGCAAGAAAUUUCUUGCCGUUAAAGCCAUCAAAUCCACUGAUACUUGGAAGAAAGAGAUGGCCACUUCACCGGACUAUUCGAUCAGCCCGGGUGCCUCAAUUAGCGGAAAAUCGUACAGAGAGCCCAACAAGUAUGGUAUUCCGGAGUGGAUGAGAUACUCUAGUGAGGAACCUGAACUGGAGAACAUACCGAUGAUAGCCGUCGGUGACGAAGACGACGGCAUCAUUUCCGUCUCUUCGAAAUCCCGAGUUUCUCAGAUCCGCUCUGACGUGUUGAUAUCUGAUCAUCAAAGUGUAUUGUCCCUUUCCUCUGAUGAGGAUGAAUGGCCUCGAGGCUCCAGCAACGAAGUCGCAAAUGGGGACCGUAACGAAGAAGCGGACGAUAACUCAUUCACCGAUUACGAUGACCUUGGCUCGCCUGAAGUCUUUGGUGUGCAUGAAGCGGAUCAUUCUGAAGCUGCCAAAGACAUGCAUGCAGAGAACUAUGACUGGGGAAACCACGCAUUGCAAAGUCAGGAUGAUCAAAGCGAACACGAUUGCUGGUCGCCUUCUUACCAAAGUUCCCCUGUGGCAUGGCACUUUUCGCCGGACCUUUCGGAUUAUGACAACGAAGCCGACGAGCAACAGAAAAGUUCAGACGUUGCACCAUUUUCCACAUCUGCACAUGACGAAGCCGGUGCUCUUGAGGACAAUAAUAUUGGUGAAGCAAACUACAAUGGUGAAAAAGUAAACAAUGUCAGCGACGAAACCUUACCACAAGAGCCACCUAUUCGUCAAACUCAAGCUGAUAAGCUUGAUUCGCUGGACGAAGAGGAGCAGCGGGAAUCAUUCUACAGGGCUAUAGCAGCUAGCUUCGCCGAAGCUGACGCACAAGGAGAUGCUCCCCAGUUUGAUUCGGAGCCAUUGCAGCUGUCUUAUGAUAACGUCAUUCGGCUUGGUCCGACAAACAGUUCUUGUCAGCAGCCUCCUGCUAGCGAAUUUUCUGUUUAUGGGUCAGAACAGGGAUUAUUCAGAAACGAGAAGGCUGCGUCGGCGAAGAAAAGAGCUGAAUUGCCCUAUAGCUACGAGAGUGAGGAUGAGGAUGAGGAUGAUGACGAAGAUGACAGCAACUACGACGACGACGCGGCUUCGGGAGAAGACGAUAUGAUCAUAGUCUACUCCAGUGAGGAAGAGGAGGAUGACCUUGAUGACCGUUCGAUCGGGGACGAAGCAGUUGAUGCGAGCCCUACACCCUUUUCCCCAAGGCCAAAGAAGAACAGUGACUGUUUUAUCAGGGAGAAGCGUCCUAGACAGGAAGUUGUACCCAACAAGUAUCUGGGCGAUAAGUUCCUUACAGGUAAAAUUACCAUGGAUGUGGAGACUACGGCCGCUCAAGAAGUGAUUACUUCUUCAUCUUCAUCGGAAGCUGAUAGCCGCGACUUGCCUUCCUCUGAGGGAAAAAAGCUUGACCUUCAUCGCGAUAUUGAGGAAGAAGUCGCUGUCUUUUUGGAGCAAUCCCAGCAAAUGCUAGCCGCCCACGCCGCUGUCAUGAAUGAACUCAGUCGUCAGGAGACUACCGAGGCCUGUGGUCUCCAACCCACAUCCAGCCCUUCAAGCAGCUCGUCGUCGGAAGGCCUCGUCACCCCCGUCAUUGGCCGCAAGCGCUCUCUUCCCCUCGAAUUCAACGAGCACGAGGAACCCACCAUCGUCGAAGAAACAUCGGCCGUUCACCUUGGUCCAAUCGAGGCCUCAAACCCGACAGGACCACCUGCCAAGCGCCGCAAUGUAGCAUCGACCGUCGGGUUGGUUGUUCUGGGUGCUGCCUUGGGUAGUAUCGGCACCAUCGCAGGCCUCAUGCAACUUGCCGAGUAAGGGCCGAGUUGUACAGAUUGUGUUGUAUGAUAACAACGGUCGCCUGUGGUUCGUCAAGCUCUGUACAUCUAUGUUGUCCCUAUGUUUGGAGUUUUUCGCGGAGUUAUUCAUUAUUGUUGGUGUUGCAGAUUUGUAGACAAGUCCUGUGCGAUGUGUGUGUAAAUGAUCCCGAUGUGUAUAAAUUUCUC